AUGGCGGAAAACACCAACAACAGCAACGUGCAGUCUACGACACCCGCGCAAAGUCAAGAUUUCGUUUCACCAAGCGCUCUCGAGAGGCGAAUUUCGCAACCUCAGAUAGACAGCGGCUUCUUGCUGGUUGAGCUAACGACUGCCCGUGAGGCUGCCCGUGAGACUUCGAAUAGACUGAAUACGAAGGAGGCGGAGGUAUCGAGAUUGAAAACAGAGAUUGUGUCGCUGAAGGAAUCAACUGUGUCGCUGAAGGAAUCAAUUGUGUCGCUGAGGGAAUCACGGUUCACCUUUCAACCCCUGUUUUUCUCAAUCAUUAUAGCGCUCCUCACCGGCGUUUUGGUCGGCGGGCUUGGUUUCCGUCUCCCUGGAGCCCAGGCACAAACAAUUCUCCAUCCGCGUUCGGCUGAGAGGCGGCUCUCUAACCUGACUGACGCACAAACGGUUGUCCACGAUGGCAACUUCACGCCAGAUCACGUUCUCAGGGUAAACAUUGCCCGAUUGCCGUCGGCGUGCGAGAGCCGAGAAGACAUUGUCGUCAAUGGCACCUCUCCGGGGCCCGCAAUCCACGUGCUUCCUGGAUCCAGGACCUGGAUUCGGGUCUACAAUGAUAUGGUGGACCGGAAUCUCACCAUGCACUGGCAUGGAAUCUCUCAGCGGAUGGCACCUUUCGCAGAUGGAUCGCCGGCGGUAUCACAAUGGCCAAUCCCACCGGGACAUUUCUUCGACUACGAACUCUCCACGGAGCUUGAAGACGCCGGCACGUACUUCUACCACUCCCAUGUCGGCAUGCAGGCUCUGAGCUGUACUGGCCCGCUGAUUGUGGAUGACUGUGGAUCGUCACCGAUUGAAUACGAUGACGAGCGCAUCCUCUUGUUCCAGGAUUACUUCCGGCAGAGUGACGAUGAGAUGAUCCAAGGCCUGCUCUCACCAACGUUCGCGUGGACUGGAGAGACGCGCGCCGUCUUGCUCAAUGGCUGGGGCGUUGGUAUCGACCACACGGCCAUCGAGGGACCCCCUGGUGGUACCACCGGCCAUUUCGGAAGCCUUCGGUGGGACUCCUUGAGCAAAUCCGAUGACAGAGUGAAAGGCGAUAACCAGGUUGAGCCUGCAGUUCGCUGCAAUCUUCCAGUUAUCGACGUCAAGCCGGACAAGACAUAUCGGUUCCGUUUCAUCGGCGCCACCGGCUUGUCGUACCUGGCAAUGGGCUUCGAGGACCACGACGACCUGACAAUUGUUCAAGUCGAUGGCAGCGAGUACAACGUCCCGGUCUCUGUUGAUUAUCUUCAGCUGGGCGGAGGCCAGCGGUUUGACGUUUUGGUCAAGACGAAGACCGCGGACGAGCUCGUCAAAAACGGCAACAAGACCACGUACUACCUUCAGUACGAGACCCGAGACCGGCCGGAAGUGUACCGCGGCUACGCCGUAUUGCGCUACGACAUAAACAGCACCAUUCCACCCGCCCCGCCUAACCCGGUUGUGAACCUCCCUGCCGACGCGACGGACUGGAUGGAGUACACCUUUGAGCCCCUCUAUCCGGAGCAGAACCAAGCUCCCUCGGCAGACGAGGUCACCCGUCGGAUCAUUCUCGAGGUUGAGCAAAAGGAGAUGGCCCACAUGUCCUCGGUCGAAUCCGAGAGCGCGAAGCCUGUCCUUGUCGACAUUUACCAGCGCGGUCAGGCGGCAAUCCCCAACUACGAGGCUGCUCUCGCCAACUAUGGCUGGGACCCAGCAACACGGCUCUUCCCCGCCAAGAUGAAUGAAGUGCUGGAGAUCGUAAUUCAGAACACAGGUUCAUAUUACCCACCGGUCGCUGGUAUCGUGGAAUCACACCCCUUCCAUGCCCACGGACAGCACUAUUACGACAUCGGGGCCGGCCCGGGCAGGUAUGACCCCGAUGUGCACAACGCGAAACUCGCGGGACUGGGGUACAAGCCUGUUAAGCGGGACACCACAAUGCUUUUCCGAUACCAAGGUCAGGUGGCUGCCGGCGAGCCGGCCGGGUGGCGCGUCUGGCGAAUUCGGAUGGCACAUCCUGGCGUGUGGUUGAUACAUUGCCAUAUUCUCCAGCACAUGAUCAUGGGUAUGCAAACUACUUGGGUCGUUGGUGACGCGGACCAGAUUGCCACGAUCCCAUUGCCUCUGACGCAGGGGUACUUCACUUACGGCGGCAGCGUAUACGGCAAUGAAACGUUUGCCCCGAGCGUGUACCAUUAUUUCGAUGGUACGAGCCAGUGCGGCGCAGCUGAGGAUGUUGCGACUUAAACAUCAGAUGUCAAAGUCAGCGAAAGUUCAUUGGGGGUCCGGAGUUUGUUUCUCUGUUCAGGGAUGGUUACGGUAGUUUAUCAGCGUCUUGAUAUUUUUGUUACGGCGGUAUUUGUAGUGUACU